GUGUGUACAAAACAUUAAGAACACCUGGUCAGUCUGUCAUGGAAAGAGGUGUUCUUAAUGUUUCUAUAUGCUCAGUGUAUAUAUUUGUUUUUACUCAAACCAUCCGCUAUAUAUUGGGUGACAUGAAAAUAUAGAUCUUUGGCCACGCUCACCAGUGGUAGAAAACGAAUAUAUGCUGAACAAAAAUGUAAAUGCAACGAUUUUACUGAGUUACAGUUCAUAUAAUGAAAUCAGUCAAUUGAAAUAAAUGUAUUAGGCCCUAAUCUACGGAUUCCACAUGACUGAGCAUGAGUGGCGUUUUUUACAUAUGCACAAAAAUCGUAUUUCUCAGAAAUGUUGUGCACAAAUUUGUUGACAUCCCUAUUAGUGAGCCUUUCUCCUUUGCCAAAAUAAUCAGCAAAGGACUAAAUCUGUUGCUAGAUGAUUGAAUGCUCAUUUCUCCACCAUAUGCAUCCAACGUCGUUUUAGAGAAUUUGGCAGUGCGUCCAACUGUUGCUGAUGUCAACGUUGUGAAGAGAGUGCCCAAUGGCGCUGGUGGGGUUAUGGUAUGGGCAGGCAUAAGCGACGGACAAUGAACAUCAUUUUAUUUUAUUGAUGGCAAUUGGAAUGAACAGUGAUAUAUUGACAAGAUACUGAGGCCCAUUGUGAGGCCUAUUAUGUUUAAGGUAUCUGUGACCAACAGAUACCUUAAGAAUAUAUGUAUUCCCAGUCAUGUGAAAUCUACAGAUUAGGGUCUAAUGAAUUUAUUUAAAUUGACUAUACAUAUAUAAUUUCCUUAUGAUCUGUAACUCAUUAAAAUCUUUGAAAUUGUUGCAUGUUGAGUUUAUAUUUUUGUUGAGUAUACAUCUACUCAGAUACUGAAUGAUGAAUCUACUCAGACAUGUUCCUUUGACUGUGUGAUGUUUUGUUUGUUUUUCAAACUCUUUGGCUCAGUGGAGGACAGAGGGCCAGGUGGCAGUAUGGCUUCAUGUGCCUAUCUCUUUCAGCCGUUGUGCCGCAGCUGCCUCUGCUCAUGGCUUCACCUACCACCGCGCCAAACAGGACCGCUCAAUUCUGUCUCUGUGGCUGGGAGAUGGGCAGAGCAGGCUGCCCGGGUUUGCUACUUAUCAGAUUGGAGUGGCAGUUACUGCCCUGUUUCUUGCUCCUGUCUCCUGUUCCACAUCUCACCACCCAACUACCUUGCUCUGGAUUUUACUCACCAUCACUACUUUGGAUUCCCCUCAGGAUCUGUUUACCCUGUUCUACUCAGCCAACUCCAACCUCUGUCUCCACAUCUGGUUUUUCUGCAACUCAUCCGAGCUUCCCCGGAUCUGCACUCCAUAUCGCUCUGUACAGUAAAUGCAUGGAAGUUCCCUGGAGGGCUCUCGGAUCCAGGAGAAAACAUUGCCUUCACUGCGGUCCGUGAGGUCUUUGAGGAGACUGGAGUCCGCUCAGAGUUCAAGUCCCUCCUGAGCAUCAGGCAGCAGCACAGUCUCCCAGGUUCUUUUUGGUAUGUCCAGAUGUACAUCAUCUGCCGCCACAGCCCCCUCACAUACGACAUCAACUUCUCCACCCAGGAGUGCCUGCGCUGUGAGUGGCGGGAGCUAACCGAGCUAACCAAGAUUAGCUCCACUACUCCUAUCACUAGCCGCCUAGCCAGGCUUCUGCUUCACGGCCUGAACCAGGGAUUCGACAAGAUUGACCUGGCUAUGGAGGAGCUGCCAGCUGUCUACUCAGGGAGGUUCUACCAGCUGUACCACAGGGUGCUGCCUCCAGCACUUAAACACUAGACCUGAGGAUAGGACCUGCCUAGCCUAGUGCAUCGACGCUAAUGGCACGAACACGUCAGUGCUAGUCAUAUGAGCGUGUGGAUGGCCUUUCACCAUAAUACUUGAAGUGUAUAUUUAUGACAGACUGGAAUAGGUUUUUCUGAACUGUUACACGGGAAGGAGGGUGUAGCCAAUGGUACCGAUGAUGAUCACUGUAAAGGACAUUUUUCACAAAUCACAAGACGUACGUACCUCUUGUCUGUAAAGAUAAAAAUAUACACAAUUUGAAGAAAUAGGCUACUCUGUUUGGGAAGAACCUCAGGGCCACUAAGCUCUAAAAUCAAAUUAAUCAUUAAUAUGUCCAGUUUGAGAGGUGCAAUAUCAUAUACUGUAGUAUUGUACUAGGUCUACUGUUUGUGUUGCAAUGACUUUAGAGUAAUGGUGUGCUCGAUUUAUCUUUGCCAACCCAAUGUUCUAUUUAAAAGUUGUAUCAAGUAAAGUUCUGGGCAUGACCAAGCUAACCUGUACUGCAGUGCAGUAAAAAGUACAUUUUUAAAGCCCAGAGCUACUAAGUGGCAUCUUGUGUGUUAUCACUUUCUUUUUCGUCUUAAAUAAUGUACCUUCAAAAUUGUUAAACCAAGAAAAAUAAGCAGAGUAUCAAAGCACACUAGAAUAUUUGAAGCAGCUCUAGUCAAACUCACAUUAUAUAGUUGAAUUGAAUUGCCGUUAAAGUACCUAACUACAGGAUGAUUAUGUCGUCACAGUCAUUUAAUAAGCUCCAUUGUAUUUCUUCAUGUCCUGUCUGUUUGUGUGCAGCCAGGCUGACUUUCAGAUUGGUACGACAAGGUGAGCUCAGCGUCUGGCCGACAUGGGGAGAAAGAGAAUGGCUUUUUGGCCGGGUCCAGUUUUGGAUCCUGACUUGUACUGGCCAGUCCUUUUCAGUGCCACAUACAUUUCAGGGUACUUUCGAGAGCGGUAGGUGUUGUAGUUGUUACUCUCCAGCCUCUCCAUGAAGUAGCAUUCAUCUGUUGUCCGUCUCUGUAGAGAGAGAGAAUGUUCGAAAGAUAUGAGAUAGCAAAUCAGAGAUCAAUUUACAAUACAUUUGUUAAUCCAGUUAUAUUAUUCUUUGAUACACUUGAUACACUUUCAUAUUGUAAACUGAACCAAUGAUAAAUGUCAAUGAAACUCUUUUGAAAACUUGUCUUUGUCUUAUGAAAUAAAACGUAAUGGGCAGGAUUCUCAAACAAA